AUGUCAAAUCAAGAAUCUGAAGCUGAAAAGAACAUUGAAAUCUGGAAGGUCAAGAAAUUGAUCAAGUCAUUGGAAAUGGCUAGAGGUAAUGGUACUUCCAUGAUUUCAUUAGUUAUCCCACCAAAAGGUCAAAUUUCAUUAAUACAAAAGAUGUUGACAGAAGAAUAUGGUACUGCAUCAAAUAUCAAAUCAAGAGUUAAUAGGUUAUCAGUCUUGUCUGCCAUCACGUCAACACAACAAAAAUUGAAAUUGUACAAUUCUGUACCUAGAAACGGUUUAGUUGUUUAUUGUGGUGAUGUUAUAACUGAUGAAGGAAAAGAAAAGAAAUUGAAUAUUGAUUUUGAACCAUUUAAACCCAUUAAUACAUCACUUUACUUGUGUGAUAACAAAUUCCACGUUGAAGCAUUGAAUGAAUUGUUGGAAAAUGAUGAUAGAUUUGGAUUCAUCAUCAUGGAUGGUAAUGGAGCCUUAUUCGGAGCUGUUAGUGGUAACACGAGAGAAGUAUUGCACAAGUUCACGGUGGAUUUACCAAAGAAGCACGGUAGAGGUGGUCAAUCAGCAGUUCGUUUCUCUCGUUUGAGAGAAGAGAAAAGACACAAUUAUGUUCGUAAAGUUGCCGAAGUAGCAGUACAAAAUUUCAUAACUGCUGAUAAAGUCAAUGUCAAGGGUCUAAUUUUGGCAGGUUCGGCCGAUUUUAAAACUGAAUUGAAUAAAUCUGAUUUAUUCGAUAAUAGAUUACAAGCAAAAGUCAUCAAGAUUGUUGAUAUAUCAUAUGGAGGAGAAAAUGGAUUCAACCAAGCUAUUGAGUUAUCGGCAGAAACAUUAGCCAAUGUUAAAUUUGUUCAAGAAAAGAAAUUGUUGAAUGAAUAUUUCGAAGAAAUUAGUCAAGAUACAGGAAAAUACUGUUACGGGAUAGAAGAUACAUUAAAAGCAUUGGAUUUGGGUGCUUGCGAAAGAGUCAUUGUCUAUGAGAAUUUAAACAUUGUAAGAUACACAUUGAAAGAUGUUGAUGGUGAAGAAGUAAUAAAACACGUCAACCCAGAAUUACCAGAUAAAUCAUGGCAAGAAGAUAAAAAGACCGGAAUUGAUAUGGAAAUUGUUAAAGAAGAAUCGUUUUUGGAAUGGUUGGCCGAAAAUUACAAGAAUUUUGGUGCUGAAUUAGACUUCGUUACUGAUAAAUCAUCCGAAGGUGCACAAUUCGUACAAGGUUUUGGUGGUGUCGGGGCUAUAUUGAGAUACAAGGUCAAUUUCGAUCAAUUGGCCGAUGAAGACUCAGAGGAAGACGAAUACUAUGAUGACGAUGAUGAUGAUUUUAUCUAA